GUAUAGGGUAGGUAGGGUUUAGGGUUAAUGCUCAUAGGGCUUCAAAACAGAGAUAAAGCCAUUCUCACUUCUUUUUUCUCUUCUCUUCUUUUCUUGAUAUAGAGUGAGAGAAGAUCAUCAAAAGAUCAACACACACACAAACUCUUCAAAUCUUUGACAAAUUAACCCAUUUCAUCAGAUCUUCAUCUCAUAAAGAAAAGAGAAAAAAGGGUAAGGUUUUUUCUUUUUAGUUUCAAUGAUGAUGAAGAAACGUCAAGUAGUAGUAAAAAGAUCAUCAGAAGGAGGGGGAUCAUCUUCAUCAUCAUCAGCAAAUAAUAAUAACAGAAACAUUAGUUCAUCUUCAAGAGUGAGAAGUGUUGUAAGAUAUGGAGAAUGCCAAAAGAAUCAUGCUGCAAAUAUUGGUGGAUAUGCUGUUGAUGGGUGCAGAGAAUUUCUAGCAACUGGUGAAGAAGGCUCUCAUGGUGCUCUCACUUGUGCUGCUUGUGGUUGCCAUAGAAAUUUCCACAGAAGAGAAGUUGAAUCUGAAGUUGUUUGUGAGUAUUCUCCUCCAUAAAUUGAUAUGUUUCUCUUUUUUCUUUUUUUUUUUUUUCCUUUUUCAAAUUAUAUUUUCAAUAUAUAUUACACCCCAAAUUUUCUUUUCUAUUUUAAUUAAAUACCUUCUUUGAUUCUCAUAUAUUUUUGUUAUUAUUAUUAUUGGAUAUGUUUUACAAACAAAAACAAUUGGUUGGUUGGUUGGUUGGUUGGUCAUGCUUUGAAGAAUUGAGAGAUUGAGAGAGAGAUUUGUAAUUAAAUUGUGUAUUAUUAUUAUUUGAGAUUUCUCCUAUUUUGGCUUCUGUUUAAUCUCUUCAUCUUCUUCUUCUUCUUCUCUGUAAAGUCUCUUCUUUGAAUAGAAAAUGACUAUUUGUGAUUGAAAAGAAAAGACAAAAGCAAAAGUAAAACACUGCAGUUUUAGUGUUGUAUUGUCAACAACAACUAAUUUUCUUCA